AUGGCUCCUCGGGGGUUGUGUCAUGGCUGUUGGGAUGAGGGACAUGCAUGGCAGCGAUGUCCUCAUCGACCUAAGGGAGGCAUUCCGGCAUUCUUACAGCGGGGGGGUCGUGGGUCCAACGGCAAGGCACAGGUGGCGGAUGAGGAGGAGCAGGAUGACAAGGCAGAGGCAGUGGUUGGAGAAGCAGUUGCAGCAGUGGGAGAGGAGCAGCCGCGAGAGGGGUGGUGGAUUGACAGUGGGGCCAGCCACAACUUUACUCCUUAUGCAUCGGACUUCAAAAGUAAGCUUCAACCACCAGAGGUUCGGGGAGUUAGAUUGGGAGAUGGACGGGUGGUGAAAGCUGUUGGCAUGGGUGAGGUGCCAGUGGUUGGUGCUGGAGGUCAGCUGCUGAGGAUUCAAAAGGUCCACCUUGUGCCUGAGAUGCACACGCGUCUGCUGUCAGUCCCACACCUCACCUCUCGAGAUGUCAUUGUCACAUUCAAAGGCAAGAGAUGUGUUCUUCAACGGGGGGAGCGGGUGUUGGCGAUUGGAGAAAAGGAGAGGGGAAGGGACCAUGGAUUGGUGCGGAUGUUUCUUCCUCUUGCUCAGGGCACACAAGGCAGUGCUCUUGCAGCUAAGUCGUCCUCCUCAUUUUCCCCAUUGACCCUUGCCCAUCGCCGCCUUGGUCAUACCGCCCCCACAACAUUGCAACAGAUGGCUCGGGGGAACAGUGUACAGGGCUUGGAGAUUGGGGGGGGGAACACUGAUUGUUCCCCAUGUGAGCCCUGCUUAUUGGGAAAGUCGGCUCGGAAGCCGUUUCCCCAUGAGGCGUCUCGGGCACUUGGGCCUUUGGAUGAGGUCCACAUGGAUUUGUGGGGGCCGGUGCGCACACCAUCACUGGGAGGAGCGGUAUAUGUCCUCAGUCUCAUUGACGACUUCACCAGACGAGUUUGGUCGUUCCCCCUCCCCAACAAGGAAUCGGCCAUAGUUGCAAAAGUCCUUCGCCAGUGGCAUAAGGACGUGGAGUUGGAGUGUGGGCGGAAGCUGAAGGCUGUUCGCUCGGACAGGGGUGGCGAGUUCUUGGGGGAAGCUGUAAAAGCAUGGAAGGCGGAGUUUGGCAUUAAAACUCAAUUGAGCGUCGCAGAUACACCGCAACAGAAUGGGGUUGUGGAGAGGUGGCACAGGACGAUGGCAGAGGGGAUUCGCACAUUGUUGGUCGACAGUGGUCUCCCUGCUCGCUUGUGGGGUGAAGCAUUGAUGUGGGUCGUGUGGGUUAAGAACAGGGUCACCCACAGUGCUUUGCCUGCCUCCAUCACACCAAUGGAGGCGUGGUCCGGCCAGAAGCCGCAUGUGGGCAUGGCUCGGAUUUGGGGUUGCAUGGGGAGUGUCAUGUUGCAUGGGCAUGAGAAGGGUGGCAAGCUUGAUGCACGGGCUGUCAUGUGUGUCUGUGUUGGGGUGGACAUGGAGAGCAAGGGUUGGCGCAUGCUGGACCCUUCUAUCAUGCGCAUUCGCAUUGCUCGGGAUGUUGAUUUCCUUGAGAAUGUGAUGUGGAAGGAUUGGGACAAGGCAAAGGAAUUUGGGGAGCUUCUGCAGGAUGCAGCUGCAAUUUCCCAACUCCUCCCUCUUCCUCUCUCGCCACCUUCAGCAACGGCUGACGACGUUGAGAUGCCACUUUCACCACUGCCACCGGCACCGCUGAGUGUGUCGGUGCAGCAGCAGCCCACCCCUCUGCAGAAGCUCAGUGGCCCCUCGGUCAUUCAGCGGAGAUCCGCUACACAGGCUACUUCCUCUUCCUCCUCCUCUGGUCAGCGCUCUAUCCCUCUCUCUACGGGUGCCCCUCCGUCACCAGCGACUACCUCCCCACCACCGGUUACGGGUUUGCAGGUGCUUGGUGUCCAGUCUGGUACAGGUGGUGAGGAGGUAGGGGGGGAUGCUGGUGUGGUUGAGGGCAUGCUAUGUUUGGCCAGGGAGGUGGAAGGUGUUGCACUGGCAGGUGUGAGCACAGGUCAAGGAGGUGCUUGCUCAGAGGUACCAGAUGAAGGAUCUAGGAAUGGUACUUGGUCAACUGAGGAAGGUGUUGCAGCUGAUGUCAAGGUGUACCAGAGUCUCAUUGGCAGCUUGAUGUAUGCUGCUGUGACCACCCGUCCUGACAUGUCUUUCACUGUCAACACCCUUGCACAGUCCUGCGUGGCACCAAGACGCAUUCACAUGCGCGCUGCACUGAGAGCACUCAGCUUGCAGCUGCAUGAGAACCUGGAGCGCAUCGGCAUGCGAGUGAUUGCUGCGAAGGCCAAGGCUUCAUUCGCUGGAGGGGUUGUAUUUUGA